CCUCGUUUGAGGCAUGCACGCACAACAGUCUGUCCUUGUCCGUCGUCUGAGGAUGAGUGAGAUUCAAUCCAGCCAACAACCUUGAUAACAUAAUUUUUCAUAAUUUGGAGACACUUUUUCCAUUAUUUUGAAAAUGUCUCCCACUCCAGAAGUUGCUACCUCUGAACCAAAUUGUAAUGACCUCAUUACCAAAGAGUUUCUGCAAAAUGUGUUAAAAAUGGAGGCGAAGGGGGGUCCGGUUGCGGAAAUUAUUUCUCACUAUGCCACCCUCGGCACCAAACCGGGAGAUAAUUAUAUGAGCGUUAUCUACUCGGUCGACGUCGACUUAUCGGACGGAACCAAGCGUUACCUUCUGAUAAAAUGCUAUCCGAGCCAUCCCGCCAGACAAGAAAUGACCAACAAGAUGAACAUGUUUUUCAAAGAGUGUGAAGUGUAUUCGAAGUGGAUGCCAGAAUUGAGAAGGAUGCAGAACGAGGUGCUGAAUCUUGAUAAGGAGGAAGCUGUCAAGUUGCCUUAUGCGAAAUUCGUGCAUGGCGAAUGUAUCGAUUUCCAGUCGGAAGCAGGAGAAGCCCGCAUAGGAGGAACGAUUACCUCCCUCGAUAAUUACAUCAUUAUGGAAGAUCUUCGAAAAACAUACGGAUUUCGGAUGACUGAUCGUCGCGAACCACUCGACCUUGACCACAUGAAACUUGUCAUUACCGCUUUGGCCAGAGUGCACUCAGUUGGUUGGGCGUAUCGUCAUCAUGUCGAGGCAGAUAUUGUGGGACAUUUCCCCUGUUUAGUGGGAAAUGUCAAGGAAGAGGACAUCGGAAUCUGGAACAAACUUCUCAUCGCCAACAUCGACCAGGCAAAAGGAGUUUAUGACGAGGCAUUCGGACCAGAAAAUAAUUAUUCUGCCGCAGCUGAAAGUUUCAAGAAACAUGUCGACACUGCUUCCAAGAUAGUAAUCGGAAAAGGUCAGUUUGAAGGGAUGGAAAAAUUAUUUCGGGUUACGGAACCAGAUCCAGACAAAUUUGGGAAAGACGUAAAAAAUCCAGAACCUUGGCGAAUCAUAUGUCACGGUGACUGCUGGAGUAACAAUAUGCUCUUUCGAUACGACCCAGCGACCGGAAAACCGCUCGAAAUCGUCCUCGUCGACCUUCAAAUGCCACGGGAAACCUGCGUCGUGAACGACCUUGAAUACGUUUUUCAUGUCUGUACGACUCUCGCCUUGAGAAGAGCACAUCUCGACGACCUCCUCCAACUUUACCAUGACACGUUCAAUGGCGUUUGUGCAAAAUUGAGGACACCCACACUUCCCGGAUUUUGCAUGGAUUCACUCCGAUAUCGGUUUCAUCGGGGAAAAUUUUUUGGUUAUUACAUGGCUAUGAUGGGUAUCCCACUUAUGAUGAAUGAUGCCGAAGUGUCGAAUCUGGAGGACAUGGACGAAGACAAAGAAAUUGGAGAAGCAAUUUCAGAAAUGAUUGCGGAUGUGAGAGGUAGUCCCAGAAUUAAAGAUCGGCUUAUCCAAGUCACAAAAGGAAUGAUGGAGGAUGGGGUACUUUAAGAUCUGUAUAACCUUCUAUAACUUUGAUGUUUGGUUGCAAAAAAGCGUUUGGUAUUAGUUUAUUUCUCUCUUAAAAUUGUCCUUUAUUUUGACAUUUCAAUAAAAAUUCAAAGUGGAAAACAUGA